CUCCCAAAGGUGCCCGAGAUGAAGCUGCCCAAGGUCCCGGAUAUGUCUAUCCCAGAGGUGCACCUUCCAGAAGUCCAGCUCCCAAAGGUGCCCGAGAUGAAGCUGCCCAAGGGGCCUGAGGUUUCCAUUCCAGAGGUGCACCUCCCAGAGGUCCAGCUCCCAAAGGUGACUGAGAUGAAGCUGCCCAAGGUCCCAGAUAUGUCUAUCCCAGAUGUGCACCUUCCAGAAGUGCAGCUCCCCAAAGUGCCAGAGAUGCAAAUGCCCAAGAUGCCAGAAAUGCACCUCCCUAAGAUGCCUGAGAUGAAGUUGCCCAGAGGUUCAGAGGUGCAGAUGCCCAAGGCUCCAGAUGUGCGGCUUCCUAGAGAACGUGGGGCAGAGCGGGCCGAGGGCCUAGACUUUGGCUUUAGAUUGCCCAAGAUGUCUAUACCCAAGUUGGGACGGGUGGGAUCUCCUCCCCGGGCCAAGGUUGGGGUGGUGAGCCCUGAAAUCUCAGGGCGUGGGGAGCCAUUGGCCAGGCUCGAGACAGGGGCCAAGGGGCCUGAGGCCCGGCUCAGCUUCCCCUCCGUUACACUGCCCUCCGUGGAACUGGAGCUGCCCGGUGCUGGGCUCCAGGGCCUCCCUAAAGGUGAGGAACAGGGCAAGGCGGGCCCACCAAAGGGAGCUGCUCCCACAUCUAAGCUUCCUGCAGAGCCUUCUGGGAUCUCCCUUGGUACAGUGGAGGUAGGGGAGGCUGGGUUCAAGAUGCCCGGCCUGGUGCUGCCCGCUGUUGAGAUAGUUGCCCCAAAGCUUCCUGAAGGAGAGGCACAGGGGAAGCUGGAAGUAUCUGAGCCCAAACUCAAGUCUCCCAAGUUCUCCCUGCCUAAGUUUGGGCUUUCGGGCCCCAAAGUAGGCAAAGGGGAAGGGGACAGUGAAGGGGGUGUACGUGGAGCCAAGCUGAAAACAUCUAAGUUUGGCAUCACCUUCCCCAAGGUCAGAACAGGUGCUGAGACUGAAACCAAAGAAUCUGGGGAGGGCCUUCAGCUGCCUGCCUUCGGGGUCUCUGUCCCUCAACUUAGCCUGGAUGUCCAGUUACCCACAGGCAAGUUGGAGGUGCCUGGCGAACUGCCCGACGUCAAGCUCAAGAGCCCCAAGUUUGCUUUGCCCAGGUUUGGGGCCAAGGGCAAGGAUGUGGAGGCCGGAGAGAUGGUGGUGGGGGAAGGAGAAGCAGAAAGCAAAGGCCGAGGAUGGGAGACUAAGGUGAAGAUGCCCAAGUUUAAGAUACCCUCAUUCGGGCUGGCACGGGGAAGAGAAGUGGAAGAUGGAGACCAGAGUGGUCUUGAGGAAAAACUCCACGUGGGGCAUGCUGUGUUAAAAAUACCCCAAGUAGAGCUGCCCACAUUGGUGGCACAGGGGGAGGGAAGAGGGGAGGUGGAGAUGGAGAUGGCAAGGGCAGAGGCCAAGCUGCCCGUUGUUCAGAUCUCAGUGCCAGGGCUGGCAAGUGGGGCAGAGCAGGUGGGCAUGGAAGUCUCUGAGGAUGCCAGGGGCUACAAGGGAGAGCUGACGGUGCCCACAUUGGGGAUCACAGUUCCCCAGGUAGAACUAACUGGUUUUAGUGGGGUUGGAGAAGGGACGAGGUCUGAAGAGCGAGCCUUCCAGGGGCAGAGGGAAGGGAUGGCUGUGGCAACAGAAGGUGGUGCGGGCUUCCGGGUACAGUUACCUCAGGUGGACUUGUCUCUUCCGAGAGCCCAGUUAGAGGGAGGGGAGAUGCUUGUGGGGGAGGGGGUGUUCAAGAUGCCUGAUGUGGCUGUGCCCCAGCUGGAGUUGGAUGUGGGACUCAGUCACAAGACAGAGGGGAUCAAGGAUGCUCUGGCAGGGGGUGAGGCUCAGGCUGUGGCUGAAGGUACAGGAGAGGGGAGGUUCCGGUUGAAGAUGCCCACUCUCAAGGGCAGCGGGGAGGGGGAGAGUCAGCCUCUGGGCCCACCUGGAGCAGCCCUCGACCAUACCUUCCACCUCUCCCUUCCAGACGUGGGCUUCACCGUAGAGCCAGGUACUGGGCAGGCAGGCACACCCCCAGAAGGGGGCAAGCAACGCUCCUGGAUGCCUGAGGUGGAACUCUCCCCACCCCCCAUGGGCAGCCAUGCCGAAUACCAGGUGGCUGGGGAUGGGCUGGAAGGCGAGGCUGGGCGUAGACCCAAGAUCAAACUGCCUCGAUUUGGGCUCUUGCUAGGGAAAGAAGAGGGAGAUGAUGUGGAGAAGGCCAAGGGAAAGAAGGCGGCAAAGGGGUCAGGCAAGGAGGAGACUAAAGUCUCCCCAGGGUCAGGCAAAUCUACCCUCUUGUCUUGGGGUGGUUCUGGGGAGGGGGCUGGGGAGGCUGGUGGCCGGGUCCGGAGUCCUAAGCUAAGACUGCCUAAAGUGGGCUUUGCCAAGGGUGAAGCACCUGACGCCAAUGGGACCAGCUCCCCAGGUGAAGAGGAGGGAGCAGCAGCUGCCCUACACAAUGGUGCGUCCACAGGCCGCGUUGGCCGAGUGUGCCUGCCCCAAGUGGAACUUGCUUCUCCCUACAGAAGCCCAGAGCAGGACCCCGAGUUGAGCCGGGGCCUAGUUGGGGUGGAUAUCGGGCCCUUUGCAGCCUUGCGGACCACUCGUUUCCGCUCACCCUUCUCUAGCCGCUCUAAAGAAGAAGGGGAGCUUGGUGGGACUGAGGGGUCCCAGAGGUCCCCUGGAGAGAAGUCCCCCAAAUUCCACUUCCCCAAGGUGUCAUUGAGCCCCAAGGCACAGGGAGCAGCCAAGGGAGCGCUGAGUGAGGAGGAGGGAACGUUCAGGGUUCGGUUGCCUAAGGUGGGCUUCUUGGAGACAGAAACUGACGGGGAGCCGACCCCUCUGGGCACUGCCAAGAUGGAGGGGGCCCAAACAGCAGCCGUCUAAGUUCUUCUGGGGAGAUGGCAGCAUCUUCCCUUUUCUCUCCCUACAACUCUGUGUGUGUGUUAGAUACUAGCACUAACCCUAUGAGGCCUGAGAGGUGGGGGCAACCCAGGAACCACCAGGCACCAGCUUCUGCUGUCCCCUGCUCAGGCUGCAUGCUUCUCGUUGGAAACAUCUGUGUAAUGGCCAAGAGCCAACUGGUAUGAAUAAAAUAACCCUAAGUCUG